ACUCUUCUCCGAUCUUUUCAUACGCAUUGAAGUGGAAGAGAAGCAGCGAUGGAGGCCGGCGGCGUAGGUUGCGGCGGAGGCGGAGGAGACGGGUGGAGUGAGGCAGUAGAGGACUUGGUCGACCGCGGCGAUGUCGAGGGGGCCAUCUCCGUCCUCGAAUCAGUGGUCUCGAGGCUGCAAACCCUGGAUGGCCCCCCGUCGCCAUCCGGCGAUCUCCGCCUCGCCGCCGCCCUCGGGGAUCUCGCCGACCUUCACUCCUCCCGUGGCUUCUCCCUGAAGGCCGACGAGCUCCGGUCCCGCGGUUUCGCCAUUCGUGCCCGCGGCUCCGUUCCGCCUUUGACCCCGACAUCAGGGGGUUCUGAGCCAGUGAGGGAGAAGAUUUCGCCGCAAGAAGAAAUUAGGGUUUCAACUCCUUCUAGCGACCACGAAGAAGACGAAGAUGAUUGGGAGGCAAUUGCAGACCGUGGCAUCCAUGACGAAUCGUUGCUAUCUUCGAACGCUGGAGAUGGAGAGGCAUCUAGUUCUUCAAGGAAAGAUCCCGAGGUGCUUGUAACUCCAAAGAGGCGGGGAAGGGGAUCUUUCUUGUACCAAAAGAGUUGCUUGUACAGUGAACAGGUGGAUGCCGUGACCCUUGCCGAUGACAACUCGAAGUUGGACAUUGAAUCAAUUGAGGGUCAUCAACGUCGUGCUGAGGACGAUGCAGCAAGCGGGGGCAGGAAUUCUGGAUAUGGUACCAACCAUGUUCUUGUGCUAUAUGACUUUCCGCCUAGUACUCGAACAACGGAGUUAGAGAAGUUCUUCGAGAAAUUCAAAGAUGGUGGGUUUGCUAUCCGAUGGGUCAAUGACACUGUUGCACUUGCAGUUUUCCGAACACCAGCAUUUGCACGUGAUGCUCAAAACAUCACUCACUAUCCAUUCAAAGUCCGUUCUCUGCAGGAGGAUGAUAACCUGUGGAACCAGAUCUGCACCAAAGAUCUGGAACCUCCUUACCCGAGGCCUAAGACUUCUGCAAGAACAGCCCAAAGGUUGAUUGCUCAGGUAGUGGGAAUAAAGCCGUCUACCGAAUUCGGGUCUAAUGAUCUGAGGAAACAGGAAGAAGCAAGAAAAAAUCGAAUAGUGACUCGGAGGUCCUUGCGUGAUGAUGCCUGGGGCUCUGAUGAUCCGUAGCAAUUCAUUGUGUCAACUAUGAUAACUCAUUCCUGCAAUCAAAUGUCUGCACUUGGGAAGACAAUGUGCUAGGUGCAUCACCAUUGGACCCAGUGAUUUGAGACACUCUCCGGGUGUUUCUUGUUGAUUGUGGGGUUGAUCUUACUUGGAGAGAUUAGUUCUCGUGAAGUUGACAACACAAGUGUGACAGGUUUUUUUUAUCACCUCACUUGUAGGCUGCUGAAAUUAUUGCGUGAAAAAUUCAUGAAUUUUAUUUUCUUCUCCCUUCAUCAAGUAAAGAAGAUUUUUAAGGAUUGACAUUUUAUUCUAUAGGUGCGCAUUGACAAGCCA